CUCCUCCACAACAAUAAUUUUCACUCCCUCUUUUUCUCUGCUUUCUCUUUCAUCUUGUCCCUCUCCCUCCCAUAAGUUGUCCAUUCCUUUUCUCUCCUCCCUGCCCCCAUCAGAGAAUCGAAAGCAGAGCUUCUCAGAACCCUUAUCUCCCAAGACAAAAGACACACACAAAUAUAUACAACUAGGACUUGAACCCACAAUUCCUGCUCCAUCACUCUCUUCACUACCCGCAUUUGGCUCAAGCUUUCUCAUUCAAAGAUUCCAACUGGUGGGUCUCAUCCGGAUCCUUCAAUGGAGGCCUCAUCACCCAUCUCCGUCCAACAAACGCUCGAAGACUCGCAACCAGAGCCCUCCCCGAAGCCAUCGCCUUUCAAGAAAGGCUUUGUGACUUCUUUAAUGGAAGCUGCUACACUGCGCACACCAUCCUUCAAAGAAGACACAUACUUUGCCUCUCAUCUCAAAUCCUCAGAGAAAAAGGCUCUCCAAGAGCUCAAAGAGAGGCUCGUGGCGUCCAAUGGUCCUGACUCGAUGUGGGGCAUUCCACUUUUAGGUGGAGAUGAGAGAGCAGAUGUGAUACUGCUGAAAUUUCUUCGUGCCAGAGAUUUCAGAGUCCCUGACUCGCUUCAAAUGUUGCUCAAAUGCUUGUCUUGGAGAAAAGAUUUUGAAGCUGAUAACAUUUUGGAAGAAGACUUGGGUUUCAAAGAACUUGAGGGUGUUGUUGCUUAUAUGCAUGGCUAUGAUAAAGAGGGGCACCCACUUUGUUACAAUGCUUAUGGGAUGUUUAAGGACAAAGAUAUGUAUGAGAGGAUCUUCGGAGAUGAUGAGAAGCUGAAGAAAUUCUUGAGGUGGAGAGUUCAAGUUCUUGAGAGAGGCAUUAAGCUCUUGCAUUUUAAACCCGGAGGUAUUAACUCGAUCAUUCAGGUCACUGACCUGAAAGACAUGCCCAAAAGAGAGCUCAGGGUCGCCUCUAAUCACAUCCUUUCUCUAUUUCAAGACAAUUACCCUGAAAUGGUCGCUCGCAAGAUUUUUAUCAAUGUUCCAUGGUACUUUAGUGUGUUGUAUUCGAUGUUCAGUCCGUUUCUGACUCAAAGAACUAAGAGCAAGUUUGUGAUCUCUAAGGAAGGAAAUGUUGCAGAGACUCUUUACAAGUUUAUUAGGCCAGAGGAUGUUCCAGUUCAGUAUGGUGGACUGAGUCGACCCAGUGACUUACAAAAUGGACCACCAAAACCAGCUUCCGAGUUCACUGUGAAAGGGGGAGAAAAAGUUAACAUUCAAAUUGAGGGCAUUGAGGCUGGUGCAACAAUUACAUGGGACAUAGUGGUGGGAGGCUGGGAUUUAGAGUACAAUGCUGAAUUUGUGCCAAAUGCCGAGGGGAGCUACACCAUUGCCGUUGAGAAGCCGAGGAAGAUCGCCACCACGGAAGAGGCAAUGCACAAUUCAUUCACUCCUAAAGAAGCUGGCAAAAUGGUGUUGUCUGUUGACAACAGCGCCUCCCGGAAAAGAAAGGUUGCUGCUUAUCGAUAUAUCGUCCGCAAGUCCACUGCCAUCUAGCUUGAUAAAAGAUGAUGUAUUAAUUUUGUUUACUUUGUUUUGCUGAAGGUUUAACUAAUGUUUGUGGACUUUAAAUCUACUUGAUAGUACUAGUGGUGGUGGUAUUAUAUUGUCUAAUAUAAAAGAAAAAAAAGUAGAUUAACUUUGUUAAUACUGUAAUUUCUUUCUGUCCAUUCUUCCUUCAUGAUACUUCAUAAUGGUGGGGAGUUUUACCAGAAGGUGGCCUUGUGGGCUCAAUUCUUAUAUGAUUUUUGAAGAAAUCAGUAUACUGCCUGCCUAAAGCAUGAAGCAACAAUCCAAGGGGACUUGAGGGCAAGUGUGGGUGAGAUUUUCAAAGGAAGGGUAGAAGAGACGAAAACAGAGGGUGUCACGGGCGCAGGAGCGUGUUGUCAAAUGUUAGAUCAGAUCAGCUUUCAUCUUCUCUCCGCAUCCAUUGUUUUCUUGUCUAUGGAAUAAUAUACUAUUCGGUCGAUCUUCCAAUGUUACUAUUG